CAUUGAAUAUGGUAACACAUUGAGUUUGAAACACCGCUGGGUUAAUCGAGUCUUUGGGUCGCAUGCGUGCCAGCAGAAAUUAUUUCUUGACAGAAACGCAAAAAAAAACGAUUCGUUACGUAUGAAUGAGAAGCAAAUAGAAAACGAUGGCUCUACAACGACAACAGUGACGACAGUAACUACAGUGACUCAGCAACAGCAGCAGCAGCAGCAAACAUGGUUAACUUUGCCACCCGCACCCACAAUACAAUCUUUGGGGCUUUCUAACUGGCCAUUCACCAGGCAGGAUGACCAAGAGCUAUUCCAAGAAGCAUUGAUUCCACCAGACAAUUUUAACAUGGUCUGCGAACACGUUUACCGCAGCUCAUUCCCGAAAAAGAAACAUUUUCGAUUUUUGGAGAAACUCAAGCUAAAGAGCGUUUUAACCUUGAUCCUUGAAGAUUAUCCCGAACAGAAUAUGAAGUUUCUCGAAGAACAAGGAAUAAAAUUUCUGCAAUUUGGUAUCGCUGGCAACAAGGAACCUUUUGUACAAAUUCCGGAGGAUAAGAUAAGCGCAGCAUUAGCAGCCAUAUUAGACAAGAGGAACCAUCCAAUGCUUGUUCAUUGCAAUAAGGGCAAGCAUCGAACGGGCUGCUUGAUUGGGUGUCUGCGAAAAGUGCAAAAUUGGAGCCAUACGUCCAUUUUUGAUGAAUAUAGACGGUUUUCGCAUCCAAAGUCUAGAUCCAUGGACCAACAGUUUAUUGAGCUAUACGAUGCGAACCAAGUUUGGCCGCUUGUCGAUCGGAGGUAUCUACCGCGAUGGCCCACACUUGCCGACCCACUUUUAUAAUAGUCGCGUGAUGGUCCUGGAGAUUUCAUACAUUCUUUUCUUUUUGUACAUAAUACCAACUACUGCUAUACAUUAUUAUGAAUUCUAAAUUCAGUGUCUACUUUCAUAAAAUCCCUAUCCAAUGUCUAAAUACGACUAAUCUAGUAUCUUUCUUUAAAGAUACGUUAAAGCAAUUGCUCGUGGUAGUUAAAUAAGUAUGAGAUACAUACAACGUGUAUGGUGUUUGAUUUGAAAUAUGGUUUACGCCGCUGGUUGUUUCUCCGUAUAUAUUCUGAAUAGGACAUCUACAACUUUUCGCAUACAAGUGAUAAAUCAGCAGGAAAGAG